AUGACCGACUACUCUGGGCUUACGGUUGCUCAAUUGAAGGAUCUACUGAAGACUAGAGACCUUCCUACACAAGGGCUAAAGGCGAAUCUCGUUGAGAGACUAGUACAAGCUGAUUUAGAGACGUCUGGAUCCGGUGCCGGUGGUGGAGCUGGAGAGGGGAAAUCUGCGGAGCCUGUCGGUAAGGUAGAGACCGCAGUUAAGCAGUCCGCAACACCACCAGCGAAGGCUGCCGAAGCCGCGGACCCUACAGUCAAUGAUUCGUCGAAAGAAACGUCUGAGAAGGCCCGCAAUAUUCCCGGUCACGUGUCGGCUCCUGGGUCAGCGUCCUCUGACAUCACCCAGCCAGCGCCACAGGCCGCCAACCCUCGUCCCAGUCUGUCCCCUGAGGAGAUGAAGCACAUUGCUGUCGCUCAUCUGACCAAGAAACUCCACCGUGCCAAGAAAUUCGGUGAGGACGAGGCCGCAACUAACGCCUUGCAGAAGCAGCUUGCCCGUCUGGAGAAGUUUGGGCUAGACCUAACUACACAGCUAGCACAGGAACUAGGUUUCGGCAAGGGCCCGGUCGCAGCAGUUGGCAGGCAAUCAUUUAAUCCUAGACGCCGUCCCAGUCAAAGCAAAAGAUUCAAAGGACAGCGCCGAUGA